AUGAAGGAAAUGGAAACCACGCGGGGGCGUGUCCCUGUUGUCAUUUUGGACACCGGUUCGCACUCGCUGCGUGCAGGAUACGCGGAAGAGCGAGGACCCCGUCUUGACAUCCCUGCCCUUGUUGGUCAUCCUCGCAAUCGGGGCGUGGCGAUGGCUGCUGGGAUGAAUGAGUAUGAGAUCGGAGAGGAAGCCCUUGUGAAGCGUGGCAUGCUCACUGUUGGUAGUCCUAUUAAAAAUGGUCUCGUUGUGAAUUGGGAACAUAUGGAGAAGCUGUGGAGUCAUGUGAUGUUCUCUGAACUGCGGGUGACACCGGAAAGCCACUGCUUUGUUGUACCGCAGCCAGUGAACACCCCGGCAGCACAAAAAGAAAAGACUUUGGAACUUAUGAUGGAGACUUUUCAUGUACACUCGCUCUUUUUAGGAACUUCACAGGUGCUAAGCCUGUAUGGAUACGGUCUGACAACAGGCUUGGUGCUUGAUAGUGGCAAGGACCGCACCCUGGCGGUUCCUGUGCAUGAGGGUUAUGCGCUUGGUCGUCACGUGACAGAGAGUCAGAUUGCAGGGGAAAGCUUGACUAACUACCUUGUGUCCCUUUUGCGGCAGGAAGGAUACAGCUUUGGUACCCCUGUUGAAAUGCAGAUUCUAAAUAAAGCCAAGGAAGAGCUGUGCUACGUGCAAUCCAGUGUAUUUGGGUGCUGCAAUCCCUUUUGGACCGCCGAAAAUACGGGAGGGGCACUGCCGAGCAAUGAUAACUUUGUCAUGCGUGAGGAGAAGAUACUCGCGACACAUGUAGCGGCAACGGAAGAGGUUUUUUACCUUCCAGACGGUAACGCCAUUCCAUUGUUGGAGCAUCGCCACCGUGCAACGGAAGCUCUUUUUGAUUUUUCUCUCCUUGGCGAGCAGUUUAUUCCUAAUUCUCGUUACACGACGGAGUUGGGGGAUAUAUUUAAACCCUCCUUCCCCAUGGGUAUUAGUUGGCUACCAUUUGCUGCAAUCAACAACUGUCAAGCGGCAAUGCGACCCGUACUCUUUGCAAACAUUAUUCUUGCGGGUGGGAAUGUUUCCUUUCCCGGUAUCAGAGCACGGAUUGAAGCAGAAGUGACUCAACUUUACCGAGAAACACAUACCAGCGAGGCGGUGACACCAAUCCGCGUACACGAUUUGGAUUGUCGAAUAUACAGUGCCUGGCUUGGAGGCUCCAUGCUUGCGCGAACGUCUAUGUUCCCACAUUUAACUGUCUCGCGACAGGAAUACGAAGAACAGGGUUACCGCGUGGUGCAUUGCAAGUGCCAAUAG